CCUUAAAGCAAAUUUCAAUUAAAACUUUUUUUUGUUCAUUCAUUUGUGUUAUGUUUUUUCUCCUUAAUCAUUAUCUAUUAGUUUACUGGAAAAAUAAUGGUUAAUUGAAUAUUAUAUGAUAUAUAUUUUUUAUGCAUUUACUUUUUUUAAAAUCAAAUAAUUACUGCAUUAUUGAAAUCAACAAACAUUAUUAACAAGACAUACAUUGAACUAAAUUUUUCAAAUAUCAAGUUUUUUCAGUGUCUAUGAGUCGCUGCUGUUGUUGUUUUAACAAUAUUUAUAAACUUUUUGUUAAAAUCUUAUAAUAAUAUUUACAUAACAACUAUAAUAAUAACAAAUUCACUUUUUACCAGUCGUUUAGUUUUACAUUUGCCAUUACAAUAGGAUAUUAGCCAUGAAUUCAAUGGAUAGCUCUAUGAAAAAGUCUAAUUUGUCUCUCAAUGAAGAUUUUUGGGCCGAAUUGGAUUCAGUCAGUGAAAGUGGUGUCGAUGUCGGCCAAGAUUACCACGAAUUAGAUGACAACUACUCACCCAACAAGUCAUUGGAGGAUUUGGCUGAAGCCGAUUGGCUCAGAGAGGCUGGUCUUCAAGAUAUUAUUCAUUCACUUAAAGACGAUUGCUAUGGCAGUGGCUCGACAUCAUUGGAUGACCUGUUGGCUAACUCACUGUCCAUACCAUUGACUGAACGACAGACAAAAACAGUUAGAAAGCGUUACAAUACAUUGCGUUCAGCGAUUGUCAAACAGAAAGGAUAUAACGGUAAAAGAGGUCAAGAAGUGGUCCAAAUUGUCAACAGUAGUAAACAACGUCCGGAUGUGAGAUCACUGUUCACCUACACCGACAACAACUACAGCAACACAACUACCAACACCAACAACGGCACUGACAGCGCUUGUCUGGUCCAACAAAUUGAACCAAUUAUUAAUAGAGACAUCUCUGAAAGCGAUGGUAUGCAUCUGUCGACACAAAACAGUUAUACAUUGGAUGUGCCAACUGAUGGACGUCAACCAAGAAGAGGUUCAUCACCAGACCUGUUAAAAGUAUCGGCUCAAAGGCAAAGAACAUCUUCAACUUCGUCAGAGAUGGACAACGAAGGAGAUCUUAUGAAAUUCAAGACAAAACCUCAUCUUCAAAACCUCAGUAAAUCUGCCACUAAUAUCAAAAAAGAAAGUUCGAGUCGUUUCAGUUGGACUUCCUAUAAGAAAGCUUUCCGACUGACCAGCGAUCGCAAGAAUCCUCAUUCAUUGCUUGACACCGAAAACACUGAGACAGGUAUUGAAGCCUUGAGUUUAAAAUAUAAAUCUAGUCUAAGAGGUCCUGAAGACAGAAGUCAUUUUCAUUUGAAUGCUAAACCAUCGGUCGAUACUUUUGGCAGCGAAUACUUUAAUAAUGACGAACACAUCACAGCUCAGGGAUUAGGAAUUGAAGUCAUUAUUAAUCCUCAGUCACCUUAUGCUUCAACAGAAUUAAGACUAAACUCAUAUGUCUGUCGACUCGAAGAAUUGAAUGUCGAUAUGAGAAAAAAGGUGAAGACAUUAGCAAUGAUUGAGUUGUCGACUGUCCUCGAUAUGUAUGAACUGGAGUUUGAAAAAUUAAAGUUAAAAAAAUCUAAGAAAAGGAUUAAAAAGAACUCGGAUAAUAUCUUGUUUGGUGUUCCACUCAUUGACUUACACAACACAGACCUCCGAAGGAACAGUAGCUGUACUUUUCCUCUCAUUUUGAAUAUUUUAUUUAAUUACAUCCGCAAGAAUGGUCUCCACGAAGAGGGUAUCUUUAGGAUCAAUGGUUCCCAGAAUAGAGUAAUUAUUCUUAAACAAGAGUUGGGACGACUGUUUCAGACAUUAUAUAACAAUYCAAUUUCUGAAACCGAUUGUAUUGACAAAGUUUUUACAAUAUUAAACGAUUACAGUAUUUACGAUAUCUGUAGUCUUCUUAAGCAACUCAUACGUGAACUUCCGGAUCCACUUCUUACACAAGAACUACUCGAAGCUUUCCUAUUAGUGCCAAAAAUUACAGAUUUUUUGCAACAAAUUCAAGUCUUAAAUUUAUUAAUAUUACUUAUUGAUGAAAGUCAUCGAAACACAUUAGAGGCCAUACUAUACCUAUUUAAUGACAUCAUAAACCACGAACACCUCAACAAAAUGAGUGCCCAAAAUGUGGCCACUAUUAUGGCACCCAAUUUGUUCCCUGUUUUAGCUGAAAAGAAAAGACUACCAAAACAACACCAACCUAUGGAUGGACUCAAAGAAAUGGAGUAUAUUAUGGAAAGAGCUAAAGACAGCUUCCAUAUCACCAAAACUCUUGUCUAUAAUUAUGGAGUUUUGUUUCAUGUGCCGCCGUACCUCAUCGCACAAAUACAGAGAAGAAAAAAGUGAUUGAUUUUAAAAUAAUUGUUUUAUUGGAUUACAAAUAUUUUUAUCAUUUAUAGUCACAAAAAUUUGCCAUUUUUAAUAUAAUCUAUAUUUUAAUAUACAAUUGAUU